CUCCUUGGAUUAUUCUACAACUGUAACAAUCUGUACAUAAUGACGCACCUUUAGAAAAUAAAAGUGACAUCAGCUCUAGGCUAUCGCCCCAUAACAGCGGAGACUUACCUGGGAGGGACCUUACCUCUCCCUCCCCCAGUUAGUGACAGGAUGAGGAAAAGAAGGGCCUUUGCUGACAAAGAGUUGGAGAACAUUAUGCUGGAGAGAGAAUAUAAAGAGAGGGAGAUGUUGGAGACUUCCCAAGCUGCUGCCUUCUUCCUGCCCAACCGAAUGGUACCUGGAUCUGAAUACAACUCCUAUAAAAGUGCCUACAGCCCCACACCAGGGGAGCCAAGCAAGGAUUUCUGCAAUUUUUUGCCCACCUGUCUUGAUUUCACCAUGCAGUAUUCAGGGUCUGGGAAUAUGGAACUGAUUUCUUCUAAUGUCAGUGUGGCCACGACUUACAGACAAUAUCCAUUGUCCUCAAGAUUUUUAGUUUGGCCUAAGUGCAACCCCAUUAGUGAUACCCUUCUCUACCAGCAGUGUCUGCUCAAUGCCACCACCUCAGUUCAGGCCCUGAAACCUGGGGCCAGCUGGGACUUGAAGGGAACCCGAGUCCAGGAGGGGCUCAGUGCAGAACAUGACAUGAUGUCUCCGAAACUGGAAGGUUCCUUGGUGCUGCCUCACACUCCCGAGGUCCAGACCUCGAGAAGUGACCUUCAGGGUCACCAGGCUGUCCCAGAGAGGUCUGCUUUCUCCCCACCCGGACAGAAUUUCUCUCCCAUUGUUGACACGGACUCUCUGGCAGCUCAAGGGCACGUCUUAACCAAGAUCAGCAAAGAAAACACCAGGCACCCCCUGCCACUUAAACAUAAUCCAUUCCACUCACUAUUCCAGCAAACGCUUAAUGACAAAUCAGGUCCUGAGAUGAAAACACCAUUUGUCAAAGAGGCCUUUGAAGAGACCCCAAAGAAACACAGAGAGUGUUUGGUCAAGGAGAACCAGAAAUACACAUUUACAAUAGAUAGAUGUGCAAAAGACCUUUUUGUAGCCAAACAAGUUGGAACAAAACUCUCUGUGAAUGAACCGCUGUCAUUUUCUGUUGAGUCUAUUCUUAAGAGGCCUUCAUCUGCCAUCACUCAUGUCUCUCAGUGAAUUGCUGCUUACAUGGGAAGCUGGAUUUUCUGUAGACUCAGAGAAUUCCUGCCAUAUGCUUAUUUUUUUAAAGUUAAGAUGUUUGUAUAAAGAAAUUUCUAAUGUAAAUGAUGAUGAUUCCUACAAAUUCUAUGUAUUCACCUGCAUGUACCUUUUCUUAUCACAUAAAUAUAUUUAAAGUUAGAAAUUGCUUAAUGUGCAAAUUGUAAAGUUCCAUGCUUUACACAGCAUUUCAGAAAGCAAUAAAUUCAGCACUAUCUUCUAA